GGGUUAUUUUGGCGAUGGAGAUUAAGGCAGGGGCUUUUUGUCAUUUGUGCGAGACAAGCCAUUCAUCCAUCCAGUUCACAGCCAAAAAAAGGCUGGUCCCAGAAAUUAGCAGUUUCAGCUCAGCAGCAAAGUCGUCGGGCUGUGAAGGCAGAGAGAAAUUGACUAAUUAGCAAUGCGCACUAAAACUUGACGGUUCUCUCUAUAACAGCGAGGCAAAGACUCGGUUUUUCUCCCCCUUUCUCUUUUCUUUCUUCCAAAGAUGUUUGAAAUCGCAGUCAUUUACGCUCGACAGUUUUUACAAUAGCCUUGAGCCAUAAUUUUGCGAGUCUCUCCAGCAUCCAUACCCCUGCAUGGUCUCUCUCCACCGGCCAUGCACGACCGUUUCUCUCCCCAACCGUGGAUUUCCUAUUACUCUCGUUACGACUCACUGAGCCCCAGGCCCAAGGAUAAUGAUGUGUUGUUUCUUGGUAGCAUAAUUUGUCACACGUAUAUUUCUUCUUCUUCUUCUCUUGCAGAAAGCACAGCUCCCUCUCACACACUCACACACUUCUUGUUAAUUCUGAAGAACAAAUGAUCAACGUCAACAAAUAACCUGAAAUAGUGACUUUAGGAGUUGGAAUCAAUGGUUAUUUGGAGACACCGCCGACCCUAGACUUUAAAGGAAAGGAGGAAAAUCUUCUAAAAAGAAGAACAAAGGAACAUUCAAGAGAUAUUUGGGACUGUGAAGCUUUCUUUCUUUCUUUAUUUGUGUGAAGAGCUGAAGUCAGGUGGCGUUCAGAGUCAGGAAGUCAUGUCCAGAUCGGGUGAUAGAACGUCCACCUUUGACCCAACGCACAGUGACACCUUGCUGCAUGGGCUCAACCUGCUAUGGAGAAAACAGCUUUUCUGUGAUGUGACUCUCACUGCCCAGGGACAGCAGUUUCACUGCCACAAAGCUGUGCUGGCGUCCUGCUCUCAGUACUUCAGAUCUCUUUUUUCGUCCCACAAUGUCAUCACAAAUGAAGGAAGCAAAGGGGACCAAGGCAGCAGUGGGACCCCCUCAUCCUCUCCUGAUGACAAGCUGGUGAACACCAGCGCCCGGCCCAUCAAUAACCUGGUGCUCCAGGGCUGCUCCUCUAUUGGACUGCGAUUAGUGCUGGAGUACCUGUAUACUGCCAAUGUUACUCUUUCUCUGGACACAGUGGAAGAGGUGCUGUCUGUCAGCAAGAUCCUGAACAUCUCCCAGAUUACCAAGCUCAGUGUACAGUUCCUCAAUGACCAGAUCUCAGUGCAGAACUACAAGCAGAUCUGCAAGAUUGCUGCACUGCACGGACUCGAUGAGACCAAGAAGCUGGCCAACAAGUACCUGGUGGAGGACGUGCUGCUACUGAACUUUGAGGAGAUGUGUGCCAUGCUAGAUGCUCUGCCACCCCCGGUUGAGUCAGAACUGGCUCUAUUCCAGAUGUCAGUCCUCUGGCUGGAGCAUGAUCGGGAGACUCGAAUGCACUAUGCACCGGACCUUAUGAAGAGACUACGCUUUGCCCUCAUACCUGCUCCAGAGCUGGUGGAAAGGGUGCAGUCCGUCGACUUUAUGAGGAGUGACCCCGUGUGCCAGAAGCUGCUCCUGGAUGCCAUGAACUACCACCUGAUGCCGUUCAGGCAGCACUGUAGGCAGACCACGGCGAGCAGAAUCCGUUCCAAUAAGAGAAUGCUGCUCCUGGUGGGAGGUUUGCCUCCUGGACCCGACCGCCUCCCCAGCAAUUUGGUCCAGUACUAUGACGAUGAAAAAAAGACAUGGAAGAUCCUCACAAUAAUGCCUUACAACAGUGCUCAUCACUGCGUGGUGGAGGUGGAGAACUUCCUGCUGCUGCUGGGUGGAGAGGACCAGUGGAACCCCAACGGAAAGCACAGCACCAACUUUGUCAGCCGCUACGAUCCCAGGUUCAACAGCUGGAUUCAGUUGCCUCCUAUGCAGGAAAGGAGAGCCAGUUUCUUUGCCUGCCGCCUGGAUAAGCACUUAUAUGUGAUAGGUGGUCGAAACGAGGCAGGCUACCUGUCCAGUGUGGAGUCUUACAACCUGGAGACAAACGAGUGGAACUAUGUGUCACCUCUGCCACAGCCUUUAGCUGCCCAUGCAGGAGCAGUGCACAACGGCAAGAUCUACAUCUCAGGAGGUGUGCACAACGGCGAGUACGUGUCCUGGCUCUACUGCUACGACCCUGUAAUGGACGUGUGGGCUAGAAAACAAGACAUGAACACAAAGCGCGCCAUUCAUGCCCUGGCUGGGAUGAACGAUCGCUUGUAUGCUAUUGGUGGAAACCAUUUGAAAGGGUUUUCCCAUCUGGAUGUGAUGCUGGUGGAGUGCUACGACCCAAAAGCUGAUCAGUGGAACAUCCUCCAGACACCUAUCCUGGAGGGUCGCAGCGGUCCGGGCUGUGCUGUUUUGGAUGACAGCAUCUUCCUCGUGGGUGGCUAUAGCUGGAGCAUGGGUGCCUAUAAGUCUUCAACCAUCUGCUACAUCCCAGAAAAGGGAACAUGGACAGAGUUGGAGGGAGAGGUGGCAGAACCUUUGGCAGGCCCGGCCUGUUCCACUGUCAUCCUGCCGGCCUGCCUUCCUUUCAACAAAUGACAACUAAUCCAACCAAUGGGCGGCGAGGGAGAGGAGCAGCACAGCGACUGGGGGGAAGACCAUCAAUAAGAUUUUUUUUUUGUGUGAGAAACCCUCCUAGGAAAAAUCGGAGGUGUGUAAGAUUUAUUUUUUUACAGGUUCGACCAGAGCACUUUCUUUAUUCUCCACUGAAAUUAUGGAGGGGGUCGGGGGUGUAAUUGUGUAUUUCAUGUAUUUAAACUCAUCUGUGUUCUGCGGAAUGGUCAGUUUCAUAUUUGGUUUGAUUUAAAGAGUUUGUGAGUGUUUUUGGCUUCUCUUCUAGCACACAUAUAGUGUUGAGCUGAACUAAAGCAUUUCAGAUCCACAGUAUCUUGUAUUCAGUAGCAGUAUAGCUCUAGCAACAUGCAGUGUUGUUUCAAAUGGAAAGAUCCUGUCUUUGCAAGGGCUGGGUGAGCUGCAACAUGUAUAAAUAUUUAACAUCACGACAUCCCUCUCUGUCUGGUUGUUCAUUUAUCCAACUGUUUUGUUGCCUCUUUCUAAUAAAAACACAUUUGUGCAUCUAAAAGAGGGUAAUUCAGCAAAAAAUAUUCAGAUAUGUUUUGAGGAUCACUGUACAAAAGACAAAGCAUUAACCUUGUCUCUUACUUUAAAUAUAAUAACCUAUUCAAUGUACACCCGGGCAGAUUUCAUGUUUUUUUUUUUACAACUUAUCUGCUUGAGACGGAAAUCUCGCUAAAUUUUUUUGGCAUCUUUUCUCUUUUCUUGCAAACCAAUUCAAUUACCACUGAUUCCUAAUAUUCUUCUGAAGCACUAAUAUUAGACAGUGAUGGUACAAUCAGAUUGUAAUUGCUAGCUAAUGCGUUUCUGGGUAAACAGAAAAAGUAAUGCGGAGGACAUUUCUACAGUUUGUUCUUUUGAGCAGGUUUGUUUGCGAGGCCAUGUGGUUUUCAGUUUUUCUGUAUAAUAAAACAAGCUCCGGUGAUUUUUGAUGCACUAUUUGUGAACUUUUACUCAGCAAAGUUCACUGAGAUGUAAAUUCUAACUCAUGUGCUGUGUUUAAAAAAGAUACCUUCAGUGCAAAUGACUCCAGUCUUGUCUUCGUUAUUAGGUUCAAUAACUUGACUCUAAAUAUUAUUGCUGUUGAAUUCUGUAUAAACAAAAGCUGUUGAUUUCAUUCUUGUACAUAAACGCCUGCAGUGAAACAUUUUUGUGCACUCAACUUUGGAUUUAUUCUCAAAUCCUGUUAUGUCCUUUGCAUUUUAGAAAAUGAAAAUAAAAUUACUCUUGAUGACUAAAACAUCUCUUUCAAUCUUUGCAAAUAAAUACUAACAGUACGGUGCAAACAUUUUAGACAGGUGUGGCAUUUUAAUCAAUCAAUCAGCAAAAGCUGAGAAUGAACUAAAGAUAAGUCAUAAAAACAAAAACAGCAUCAGUUCUUCUAGCUACACUUGAACACAGGUGUUUAAAGGAACUGGCCUGGUAGGCUGUUCCAAACAUCUUGGAGAACUAACCACAGGUCUGUGGAUGUAGGCUUUCUCACAUCCUUCUGUCUCAUCAUGUAAUCCAAGACCAUAGACUUGAAUACAUAGAUUCCCCAAUGGGCGCUGGAGUGUGUAACACUGUCGCCACCAUAUUGUGUGGGUUCCUCACUCUCCAUAUCCAGCUGGAGUCGUGAGACACUAUGCCUGUUUUUUUGUGCAGCCUAUGGUUACAACAACCACUAUUGAAAAUCUGUGGGAUUAGUUUCCAGCCUACCUGUUGGGAUUUUAUAUUUGUAUUUAUUUUGUUUAAUUAUAUUUCAAUUUUAACUAUCAUGUAGCACUAUAUGUCCAACUUUGUGAAAAAGCAUAAUAAAAUAAAUUUUCUUCUGUUGUUGUGUAAACACUUUUCUCAGUAGAAAUGAAUGCACUGGGGGGCGGAUAGAGACCCAUCUAAGAUGGCGGCCCACAGCUACGCUAGCUCCUGUAUGCAGUAACAGUCCACGGGGUAUGUUGUCUGUGUUUCAGACUCACUGCAUGAUGUUGAAAUCAGGGCUCCAUGCCAGACCAUCCCUUCCAGGAACUCUUAUUCCUCUUUUUGUUGAAGAUAGUUCUUAACUACUUUAGCUGUAUUUGUGGGAUCACUCACGGUGCACUUUGUAAACCAAUAAAAAUAAACAAUCAUUAUUUAAUUAAUAAAGAGAGCAUUCUUUGUUUACAGCAUUUUUCACACUUGCGUAAAACCUUUGCACAGUACUGUAUACUUCAAAGGUAACGUGUAGACAAUAUUGGAAGAAGCCAUUCAAGAAAGCUUUGAAAACAAAAUAAACAAACAAACAAUUCAAAGGUCCAACCCCCCAUCUUCAGGCUCCUCCCCAGAGCCACAGAAUCUGAUAAAGGCAGAAAACGCAAUAACACUGGCCGCAGCCAAUGCUUUAACAACCUUAAAAUCCUGACAUUAUCUUAUGUUUUUGACCCACUGUAACACCUUUUCUACCAUAAUUCCUAACCUAACGCACCUAUGUAAACAUACAACAAGAUAUGUAGUUUACGAUCAAAGAAGAAGAAGAAAAGAUCUUUUCUAUAGCACCUUUCAAGAUAAAAAUCACGAGGCGCUUCAAAAAAACAAAAAAUGUAAAAAUAUAAAAAAUAUUUAAGAAAAUUAUGAAAAACGUAUGGACAAAAAAUUGACAAUUGUGAUUUAAAAUGUAAAGAAAGAGAGAGUGAACAGGAAAGAGGGAAAUCAAUGGAUCUUGAGGAAGGUAGAAUAGAUAGGGAGAGCAGAACAAGGAGAGGGUGAUGAAGGUCACAGUUUUAGCAAUUUUUAGCUUUCUGGUUUAUUCUUAGCUUCAAAAUCACAGCAGCUCCUUGACAACGUCCGUCGCCUAACGUUUCCUAGCAAGAACAGACCCAGACUCUAAACAGAACAUGUAAACAACUUUUUAAGUGACAUUUGUUUGGAUUGGAAUGUUUAUUAUGUGAAGUGCCUUGAGAUUAC